CCAUAGCAGCCCGGGAAUCCUUGUAGCACAAUACUCCUCCUACGCCUCUACUACGUACUGUAUAUAGCUAGGCAGGCUUCCCCGUAAAGCCGCUUCGACUCCAAUUCAAUUCAACCGCCUUCUUCCGUGUUGAUAGGACCGAGCAGAUGAGCCCUGUAGCGUCCUUGUCGCAGGUAGCAAUGGCGCCGAGGCCGUUCGUCGCGCUGCUCCUGCUCUUGUGCGCCGCGGCUGCCUUCGUCCUCGCCGCCGACGCCGCCGGCACGGCCGACGGCUCCGAGGAGUGGGGCUACGUCCAAGUCCGACCCAAGGCGCACAUGUUCUGGUGGCUGUACCACAGCCCGCAGCGCGUGGACAACGGCAGGACGCCAUGGCCGACCGUGCUCUGGCUGCAGGGAGGUCCGGGCGCGUCGGGCGUCGGGUACGGCAACUUCAUGGAGAUCGGGCCGCUGGACUCGGAGCUCAAGCCCCGGGCAACCACCUGGCUCGCCAAGGCCGACCUCCUCUUCGUGGACAACCCCGUGGGCACGGGCUUCAGCUACGUGGAGGGCGGCGACAAGAGCCUGAUGGCGCGCACGGACGCCGAGGCGGCGCGCGACCUCGUCGCGCUGCUCUGCGCGCUCUACCGCGACAACCCGCGCCUCCGGGCCAGCCCGCUCUAUAUCGUCGCCGAGUCCUACGGCGGCAAGUUCGCCGUCACCACGGCGCUGGCGGCGCUCAGGGCCGUCGAGCAGGGCCGCCUCCGCGCCAACCUCGCCGGGGUCGCCCUCGGAGAUAGCUGGAUCUCGCCACUCGACUUCGUGAUGUCGUGGGGGCCAUUGCUGUACCAGGUGUCCAGGGUCGACGAGAAGGGCCUGCAGCAGUGCAACAGUGUGGCGGCGAAGAUCAAGGAUCAGGUGGAGAAGCAGCAGUUCGCGGACGCCGAGGAGUCGUGGUCGGAGCUGGAGAGCGUCGUCCUCGAGAACUCCAACUCCGUCGACUUCUACAACUUCCUCAAGGACGAUGCGCCGUCGGACGCCACGACCACGACGGCGCAGCGGAAGAGAUCGACCCUGUCCUCGUUCAGGAGCAAGAAAGGCUACUCGGGGUACCUCGAGUCCAUGGCGGCGGCAUCGCAGGAGGGCGGCUUCGAAGGUCUCAUGAACACGGUCAUCAAGAAGAAGCUCGGCAUCGUCCCCAAGGACGUCUCGUGGGGAGAAGAGUCAGGGGAUGUCUUUGACGCCCUCGCGGGUGACUUCAUGAAGCCCAGGAUCCAAGAGGUGGAUCAGCUGCUCAAGCUCGGCGUCAAUGUUACCAUCUACAGCGGCCAGCUCGACCUCAUCUGCGCGACCAAAGGCACCAUGGACUGGGUUCAGAAGCUCAAGUGGGACGGCCUCAAGAGCUUCAUGGACUCACCCAGGAAGCCCAUCUACUGCAACAAGGAAGGCCAAUCCGGCACCCAAGCCUUCGUCAGGUCCUACAAGAACCUCAACUUCUACUGGAUACUCGGAGCUGGACACAUGGUACCCAUUGACAACCCUUGCCCUGCGCUGAAGAUGCUGGCUGACAUUACACGAUCUCCUGCCAAGUAACAAGUAGGAGCACAGGACGUCGAGGACGAUGAAAUCAGGCUACAGACUACAGUCAACUACAGGCUGACAUCAAGAUUCUUUUUUUUUCCUAUAGUUUUGUAAUACUACAUUCAGUCUUCUUUCAUAGAUACAGAAAAGGAAUUGAUUGUUGGCAAUUUACUACGAGACAUGCAAGAAAUACAAAGGAAAAGGAUAUGAUAGACACAACAAUAUGAAAUUAUAGCACCGCUGCCUGGCAGCUGAAUUUUCGGUGA